UUCUCUCUCUCUUUCUCUCAAAAAUGAGUAAACAUUUAAAAAUCUUUAAAUAGUUUUACAUAUGUAUUAUCCACUGAAUAACUUCUUUUUAAAAUUUCUGUUGGAAUGCUUUGCCUAUUGUUUAUUUUGUUGUGUGGUUUGUAGUAGUUCUCUGUGCUGGUUACAGGUUAUAUCUGGGUGUGUGUGUGUGUGUGUGUGUGUGUGUUUUGAUGAGAACUACCCUUAAUUUUGUCAUUUCACCCAUAUGAUUAAUGUGUUCUGUGCUAUUUAAGAAAUAUCUUCUUUAAAGUAAGUAUUUUCUUAUUUUAAGACCAUAGAAAUCUCUUGUUUAGUUUUCUAAAAAAAAAAAGUACACUAUUUUUCUUUAAAAUUUAGAUGAGCAAUCCAUUGAGAGUUUAUCUGUUUCAUGACCUAUGGGGAGUGAUUGAGGGUCCCUCCAUCCUCAGGUACAGCUAGUGAAUUUUAGCUUUUUCUGAAAAUGUUGUAUUUGCAUUCAUUCCCUUUGCUGUCACUUCUCAUUGCUCCCCCCAGGCUAACCACGUCAUCUUUCGUGCUGACUUUUCAGUGAAAUAUACCAGACACCUAUUAUUCCCAUCUCAUGAAGUCUUGGCAAUCAAACAGAAGCACAUAAUGAAAGUCACUUUUGGUGUCAGAAAUCUUCAGUGAGCCUUUUUGCUCAGAAGAAUGAUUGUUGCCAUAAUUUAAAAGUAAGGGUGUUGAAUGACAGAAUGUCCUACAGGGAUUUGAUAGUAGGAAUAAUCUUCUUGUCACAGACCAUAGUUGGAAUUGUGGAAAAUUUCUCUCUUCUUUACCAUUAUCUGUUCCUUUACCACACUGAAUGCAGGGUGAGGUCCACCCAUUUGAUUCUCAGGCACCUCACUAUAGCCAACUCCUUGGUCAUUCUCUCUAAAGGAGUCCCCCACACUAUGGCAUCUUUUGGGUCGAAACAUUUUUUCAAUGAGUUUGGAUGCAAACUUCUUUUCUGUGUUCAGAGGGUGGGCAGGGGAAUGUCCAUUGGCAGCACCUGCCUCUUGACUGUGUUCCAGACCAUUAUGAUCAGCCCCAUGAACUCCUGUUUGAAGGAGUUUAAAGUCAAAGCCCCAAAGUACAUUGGCUUCUCCAUUUCCCUCUGUUGGAUCCAGUUCAUGUUUGUAAAUUUAGUUUUUCCUCUGUUAUAUGUGUUUAGCAACCAGAGCAUGAAAAACUUCACAAAGAAAGGAGAUUUGGGCUACUGUCUUGCUGUAGAUCACAACACAAUCACAGUUUCCGUAUAUGCAGUGUUGAUAGUAUUUCCUGAAGCUUCCUUGUGUGGUCUCACAAUCGGGGCCAGCAGCUCCAUGGUCUUCCUCCUGCACAGACACAAGCAGCGGGUCCAGCACAUUCACAGCACUAAUGUCGCCCCCAGAUCCUCUGCUGAGUCCAGAGCCACCCAGAGCAUCCUCGUCCUCGUGAGCACCUUUGUGUCUUUCUACUUCCUCUCCUCCGUCUUUCAUGUUUGUGUUGCUCUUCUUUGUAAUCGCAGCUGGUGGCUGGUGAACACCGCUGCCAUGAUUACUGUGUGUUUUCCAACUGUCUGCCCCUUUCUGCUUAUGGGCCGGAACUCUGCUAUAUCCAGACUCUGCUUCGCAUGGAUAACAAAUAGAACAUUUCCUAAUCUUAUCAGAAAUAUGUGAAGUGAAUGUUUUUCACACCAUAUUUAGUUCUUGAUGCGUCACCAUCAAAAACUGAGUUCAGGAAGUAAAGGAGAAAUGCCAUGUCUUUCUACAUUACACACUAAUGUGCACUGGGCUUUUUCUUCAGCUGGUUGAACUAGGAACCUGCAUUUCUGUAGCGGAGGUGAUUUAAGCAGCUUGACCUCAUAAACUUAAUCAAAUGGUGUUUACACAAAAUUUAAUAGACUGGGUCCUAGCUCCUGUGUCAGAUUCAUAGAGUGGUUGACCAACUGGUUUACAUGGGGAAAUGUUUUGCCUGGCCAUAUGUUUUACAUGUCCAUACUAUUGCCUUCUCCAGAAUAUCAUGUAGUUAAAACAAUGCAAUGUGUAGCCUUUGCAGAUUGGAUUCUUUCAUUUGGCAAGGUGCUUUUAAGGUUCUCCCAUGUCUUUUCCUGGCUUGAUAGUUCAUUUAUUUUUAGUGAUGAAUAAUGUGCCAUUGUCUAGAUAUAUCACAGCUUUUUUUUUUUUUUUUUUUAACCAUUCACCUACUUGAUUACUUCCAAGUUUGGACAGUUAAGCAGAAGUUCUGUAAACAUUCAUGUGCCGGGUUUUACAUGGAAAUAAGUUUUCAGCUCAUUUGUAUAAAUACCAAGGAAUGUGAUUGCUAGAAUGUGAUAAGAGUAUGUUUAGUUUUGUAAGAAACCAUUAAAUGGCCUUCCAGAGUGGCUAUAAUCUUCCCACAAGCAGUGAAUAAUGGUAUUUGUUGUUAGGCAUCUUUACUAGCAUCCCCUGGUGUCAGGAUUUUGGAUUUUGGCCAUUGUAUUAGAUGUGUGGUGGUAACUCAUUGUUUUUCUUUUCAGUUGUCUAAUGACAUAAGAUGCGGAGCAUAUUUUCAUGUGCUUCAUUUUCCAUCCAGUGUAUCUUCUUUGAUGAGGGUGUUUAUUGUUGUCUUUUUCCCAUUUUUAAAUGAUGUUUUUUGCAUUCUUAUUGGGCUUUGAGAGUGUUCUUUAUGUAUUCCAAUACCAGACCUUUUAGAAAUGUGCUUUGCAAAUACUUUACCCCAGUCUGUAGCUUUUUUCUCAUUCUCUUGACCGUGUCUUUUGCACAACAGAAGUUAUUAAUUUUAACGAAAUCUAAAUUAUUAUUACCUCCGUGGAUUGUGCCUUUGGUGUUGUAUCAAAAAAGCGAUGAAACCUAGGUCCUCUAGAUUUUUUCCUCUGUCAUCUUCUAAGAAUUUUAUAGUUACACAUUUCACAUUUACAUCUAUGAUUAAUUAUGAGUUGAAUUUUGUGAAAGGAAUAAGGUUUGUGUCUAGAUGAAUUUUUUUUUGUACAUUGAUGUCCAUUUGCUCCAGCACAUCUGUUGAAAAGACUACCUUUUCUCCAUUGUAUUGCUUUUGCUUCUUUGUCAAAGAUCAGUUGACCAUAUUUGUAUGGGUCCAUUUUUGAGCUCUCCAUUAUGUUCCUUUGAUCUGUUUGUGUGUCUUGAUUACUGUAUAUUUUUUUAAAAAUUUAAUGUUUGUUUAUUUUUUGAGAGAGACAGAGCACAA